AUGUCAGUUACGGAGACCCAGAGAAUUGCCCUCGUUGGGCUCGGCACCAUCGGCGUGUCUAUGGCUGCACUCCAUCUAGCCCGCGAAAAUACCAUAGUGGAUGUGUUCGACACUCGGCCAGACUUCGAGCAAUAUCUGCGCAAAACGCUACCAAUUUACAUGGGCCACCAUUUGACAUCCGAUAUCUCCAAGUCUGACUCGGUAUUAUCAGAAUCGGUGGUCACGUCACUACUAACCUCCGGUCGCCUACGAAUCCACACCUCACUGGAAUCCGCUUGCGCAUCUGCCACCAUCGUCCAGGAGCAGGGGCCAGAAAAUGUCGCUUUCAAACAGUCACUCUGGAAACAGGUGGAGUUAAUAGCACCGGCAUCCGCACACCUCUGGACGAGCACAUCGGGCAUUGCAGCCUCGAUCCAGCAAGGUGAGAUGUCCGAUAAGACGCGCUUGUUAGUGGUGCAUCCUUUCAAUCCGCCGCACAUCAUGCCGCUCCUCGAGAUCGUGCCUUCUCCCGAUACCUUGACAGAGCGGGUAGAGUUUGCCCGUGCAUAUUUCUCCGUGCCAGGGUCGAAGCAUCGACCCGUGGUGAUCAAAAAAGAGAUCCCGGGGUUUGUUGGAAAUCGACUGGCAUUCGCGCUUCUCAGGGAGGCAUGCCAUCUAGUGAAGGAGGAUUUGGUGAAUGCGAAGGAUCUUGACACCAUCUUAAUGGCCAGUCUAGGACCGAGAUGGGCGGGCAAUGGUGUGUUCGAAAGCUACCAACAAGGCGGCGGAGAAGGUGGUAUUGGGGCCUUUUUUGAGAAACUGGAACCAACUAUACAACAGGUGUGGGAUGGACAAGGCAGAGUGAACUUGGUGGGGAGUCGUGAAGAGACUCAAUGGAAAGACAAAGUGAUCUCUCAGGUGAACGAGGCUUAUGGAUCCUUUAGCAAAGGGCAGGUUCUAGAGAAGGAGGCGAGGCUGAAGGAAUUUGUGAAUGUACAGACAAAAGGAUAUGGACAUCUUGAAACCCAGGAGUGA